GAAGCGAGGGGAGGGGGCCAUGGAAAUGGAGGGAGUGAGAGCGCACGCCUUAGGCCCUGACAGGGCGCUGGCUGGAGAGCGCGUUGGGCGGAGCCGAGGGCAGUGGUCGCCAGGGAGGUCGAGGCUCUGGGUCCGACCCCGAAAUGGAGCGGCGUCCGGCGCUCCGCUGACUCGCCCGUGUUUGUGUGUAUGUUCCCUCACAGGGAGACAUGGAGAGCUGUUUGGUGGCCGCGGCGCUGAACGGGGUGGACCGACGUUCCCUGCAGCGUUCGGCUAGGCUGGGUCAGGAAGUGCUGGAGCGGGCCAAGAGGAGGGCGGUGGACUGGCCUUCGGUGGAGCUUCCCAAAGGCAGCGUGGGGGUCGUUUCCCGGGUGCGGUACUACGGAGAAAGAGGGCCGGCAGCCAGCCCCCAGCGCCUUCUCCCUGGAAAGAGAGAAGACAGACACCCGUCCCUCAAUGCUUCCUUCAGAACAAUGGCUGAAUACAUGAACUAUACGUCAAGUCAGUGUGGGAAAUAUUACUCAUCUGCACCAGAGGAAGGAGGGGCAACCCACGUCUACCGCUAUCACAGAGGGACAUCGGAGCUACACCUGUGCUCUGAUGCAGGGAGUGGUCAGAGAAAAGACGCAGGCCUUAGUGUUGGAGGCAUGCAUCAGGUGUCAGAGUGUGUGCUGAAGGCAUCCCAGUCUGCUGAGAACAUCUCUAAGGACCUCUACAUAGAGGUAUAUCCAGGGACCUAUUCCGUCACUGUGGGUGCAGAUGACUUGACCAAAAAGACUCAUGUGGUAGCAGUUGAUUCGGGACAAAGUGUGGACUUGGUCUUCCCCAUAUGAAGUUGACCAUCACAGGCAUCACAUCACCUUUUUCUAAGUAUCAAGAAGAAUAAAGCUACUGUAUAUUCUUAAUAUGUACACAUCAAUCCUGCCUUUAGUGCUGACUGUAGAGGGUCAGCCUUCCUAGGAACUGGAGUGUGUCUCUUUCAGUGCCUAUUUUAACUUGAAAGUCCCCUCACCCUCUUCUGCCUGAAAGUAAUAAUGUAAUGAUGCUGUCUGAAUAGUUUUUACAGCUUGAUUUCCAAGCAAAGGUUAAUUAUGAUAAUAAAGGGAGAGAUUUGGAAAUGAA